UGACUGUUGGACAAAGUGCCGACAAUAAAGGAUGAGGCGAGUACAUGCAUGGAGCUGCUAUGGUUUCAAUUCAUUGUGAGAACUAGCAAGCCAAACAGCUGGAUACAUGGGACACGAGAAGACUAUAUACGCGCUAUGUAUAUUGUUUGAAAUAUUUCAGUGAAGUUGUCGUAGAAUUCUGUCAAUUUCUAUCCGGUGAACAAGUCACUCAUUGUCAUCCAUAGAGGAAAUCUAAGCCAUCACUAAGACCCAAUAAUGGCGUCGGUACGGUUCACGGUGACGCCCACGAAGGCCGAGGACCUCCCGGGACUGUCGGACACCUCGCCGGACAUCAGUUCCCGGUCCAGCGGCCGCGGCCACGUACGUUUUGGCUCGCGGGAGAGCGUGAACCGCAGUGAACCACUAAGCGAGGGGUCGGGAGGGCUCACCACAACUGGCGAAAACGAGACGCCCGACCGGACCAACACAGAGCAAGCAGGAGAUGGCAAUGCCAAAAUGUCCAAUGUCUACAUCAACAACAGUCAUGGGGUGGACGAUGAUGACUUCUACGACAGAAACCUGGCUCUCUUUGAGGAGGAGAUGGACACUAGGCCGAAGGUAUCUUCGCUCCUCAACCGUCUGGCCAACUACACCAACCUGACCCAGGGGGCCAGGGAGCACGAGGAGGCAGAGAGCAUUGGAGAGAAGAGGAAGGCCUACAAGUCUCCCCAGAUGGGUACGUUCAUGGGGGUGUACCUGCCCUGUCUGCAGAACAUAUUCGGGGUGAUCUUGUUCCUGCGUCUCACCUGGGUGGUGGGAACUGCCGGGGUGCUGCAGGCCCUCUGCAUCGUCUUCAUAUGCUGCUGCUGCACUUUACUGACUGCUAUCUCAAUGAGUGCCAUCGCCACCAAUGGAGUUGUACCAGCAGGCGGUUCCUACUUCAUGAUCAGUCGUUCUCUGGGGCCAGAGUUUGGGGGGGCGGUAGGGCUGUGCUUCUACCUGGGCACCACUUUCGCCGGGGCCAUGUACAUCCUGGGAGCCAUCGAGAUCCUGCUGAUGUACAUCGCCCCGUGGGCGGCCAUCUUUGUCUCCAGCGGUCCGGACGGUGAGGGAGCAGCCAUGUUGAACAACAUGAGGGUCUACGGCACCAUCUUCCUCCUCCUCAUGGCGUUACUGGUCUUUGUCGGCGUCAAAUAUGUCAACAAGCUGGCGUCUGUCUUCCUGGCCUGUGUUAUCAUCUCAAUCCUGUCCAUCUACACCGGAGCGCUGGUCUCUGCCUUCAGCCCACCCAGUUUCCCGGUGUGUAUGCUGGGUAACCGUACCCUGUCAGGACACAUCCUCCAUGAUAGUCCCUGUGCCAAGACCACCCUGCCCAAAGAACCACCCAGACCUGUGGAUACCAACCUUACACUCGCAGGAAACGGCACGGUGCCCUCAACCUUUGAUCCCUCCCUGCCCUCCUCUGAGGCGACCACGGCCCUGUGGCUGCAGUUCUGUGAAGGCCCAGACCUCAACGCUUCCUGUGACAACUACUUUACCCUCAGCAACAUCUCUGAGAUACCUGGCAUACCAGGCCUCGCCAGUGGAGUUAUCACAGAGAACAUAUGGAGUGUUUACCUCAGUAAAGGGGACGUCCUGGAGAAAGGGUCACUCCCCUCGCCCAGACCCGCCCACCCACCCACCAAUCGGCUGCCCUAUGUCUUCGCUGACAUCACCACCUCCUUCACGCUGUUGGUGGGAAUCUUCUUCCCCUCAGUCACAGGUAUAAUGGCUGGUUCUAACCGGUCUGGGGACCUGAAAGAUGCUCAGCGAUCCAUCCCCAUAGGAACCAUCAUGGCCAUCCUCACUACGUCCCUCGUCUACCUGAGCAGUGUGGUGCUGUUUGGAGCCUGCAUCGAAGGAGUGGUGCUCAGAGACAAGUUUGGAGACUCGGUGAAGGGAAACCUGGUGGUGGGAACCCUGUCUUGGCCCUCCCCCUGGGUCAUUGUGAUUGGCUCCUUCUUCUCGACGUGCGGCGCUGGGCUCCAAUCACUGACGGGCGCUCCCCGCCUCCUCCAGGCCAUCGCCAAGGACAACAUCAUCCCCUUCCUCAGGGUUUUUGGUCAUGGCAAGGCAAAUGGAGAGCCUACCUGGGCUCUGCUCCUGACAGCUCUGAUCGCUGAGCUGGGAAUCCUCAUUGCUUCUCUGGACCUGGUGGCACCCAUCCUCUCCAUGUUCUUCCUGAUGUGCUAUCUGUUUGUCAACCUGGCCUGUGCUCUGCAGACGCUCCUGAGAACUCCCAACUGGAGACCACGCUUCUCCUACUACCACUGGACCUUGUCAUUUUUGGGUAUGAUCAUCUGCUUGGCGCUGAUGUUCAUAUCGUCAUGGUACUAUGCUAUUGUUGCUAUAGUGAUUGCUGGCAUGAUCUACAAAUACAUCGAGUACCACGGGGCAGAGAAGGAGUGGGGAGAUGGUAUCCGGGGUCUGUCCCUCAGCGCUGCUCGCUACGCCCUCUUGAGGUUGGAAGAGGGACCACCACACACCAAGAACUGGAGACCCCAGCUCUUAGUUCUAUUGAAGUUAGAUGAGGAUGCCUAUGUCAAGUCUCCCCGCCUGCUAACCUUUGCAUCUCAGCUGAAGGCAGGUAAAGGUCUGACCAUCGUAGGGACCGUCAUCACUGGAAACUACCUCCACAGCUAUGGAGAGGCACUGGCUGCAGAACAGACUCUGAAGCACCAGAUGGACAAGGAGAAGGUGAAAGGGUUCUGUCAGUGUAUUGUGGCUAACAAGGCCAGGGAGGGCAUCAGUCACAUGAUCCAGUCCAGUGGGUUAGGAGGAAUGAGGCACAACACUGUGGUUAUGGGCUGGCCCCUGGCCUGGAGGCAGAGUGAGGAUCCACAGUCCUGGAAGACCUUUAUCAACACGGUGCGUGUGACGACAGCGGCUCACCUGGCCCUACUUGUGCCCAAGAACAUCUCUCUGUUCCCCGGCAACAGCGAGCCCUGCGCGGAGGGAUACAUUGAUGUGUGGUGGAUCGUCCACGACGGGGGCAUGCUCAUGCUACUGCCCUUCCUACUGAGGCAACACAAGGUGUGGCGUAAGUGUGCGAUGCGUAUCUUCACGGUGGCUCAGAUGGAGGAUAACUCUAUUCAGAUGAAGAAGGACCUGGCUACCUUCCUCUACCACCUCCGCAUAGAGGCUGACGUUGAAGUGGUGGAGAUGCAUAACAGUGACAUCUCAGCCUACACCUAUGAGAGGACUCUGAUGAUGGAGCAGAGGUCUCAGAUGCUCAGACAGAUGAGGCUGUCCAAGUCUGACCGAGAGAAAGAGGUGCGGAUGCCUCAACAAGCCCAGUUAGUAAAGGACCGUAACUCCAUGCUUCGGCUAACCAGCAUUGGCUCUGAUGAUGACGAAGACACCGACGGGGGUGGAGGCCCCACAGGAAAUGCCGAAAAGGGAGGAGGAGCAGCCGGAGGAAGGGAAAGGGAUGGAGGGAUGUCAGCCUCGGAGAACAGACGAGUCCACAUGACCUGGACCAAGGAGAAAGCCUUGCAGUACAGAGCGACACACUCCGGCUGCAGUACGCCAGAGGGCUUCAGAGACAUGCUCAGCAUCAGGCCGGACCACUCCAACGUGCGGCGGAUGCACACGGCCGUCAAGCUCAACGAGGUCAUCGUCAACAAAUCCCAUGAUGCUCGGCUGGUCCUGCUCAACAUGCCGGGACCGCCACGGAACCCAGCCGGAGACGAAAACUAUAUGGAAUUUCUGGAAGUUCUAACUGAGGGAUUGGAACGUGUCCUAUUGGUCAGGGGUGGAGGAAGUGAAGUCAUCACCAUCUACUCCUGAUUUGCUCACACAAACCAACUACGUCAGAGCAGCCAAUCACGUGGAAGAGAAUGCAAAGGGAGGUAUGGCUAAGGAGCCCUGGAGGUGUGGCCCCUCCGUCAGACAGCACAAAGAUGGACUGUCAUUGGCUGCAGCUUGGAUAGACCCCUCCCAUCACCCCGCUGUCAGUCAUUAUUCCUAGGCUUCCCCAUUCCACUAAAGACAAGCUACAAAAAGCCAACACGAUUCCUCAAGUGAACAGUGUGCGAGAGUUCUCAUAAUGUGUGUGUGUCUAAGUGUACGAGAGAUAUUAAUCUCAACAUAUAAUACAAAAAGGACCAGCCCAUGUGACUAGACCAGGACAACUCCUGGCCCUGGUUAUAGCUGAUAACUAGGGCCCUGAGUUUUUCCCCUGAUCAGGUCACAUGGUCAGGAAAAACUCCUGGCCCCCCACAUAAUGCACAAUAAUAUACAGCAGUUGGAUCAGGGACCAGUGUUUACGUCCCAAAUGGCACCAUAUUCCCGAUAGUGCACUACUUUUGCACUAAAUAGGGAAUAGGGUGUGAUUUGGGAUUUACAACGUGCAGUAUGAGCAUGUGUGGACCAAUGGGUGAUAGUCAUAACUUAGUAGACAGACAGACCAUAUAGAAUCGACAACAUCCUAGAACAUCUAUAUAGAAUCUAGAACAUCAUUAUACAAUCUAGAACAUCUAUAUAGAAUCUAGAACAUCUAUAUAGAAUCUAGAACAUCUAUAUAGAAUCUAGAACAUUCUAGAACAUCUAUAUAGAAUCUAGAACAUUCUAGAACAUCUAUAUAGAAUCUAGAAAAUCGAUAUAGAAUCUAGAACAUUGUAGAACAUCUAGAUAGAAUCUUGCACAUCCUAGAACAUCUACAUAGAAUCUAGAACAUUGAUAUAGAAUCCAGAACACCCUGAAACAGUGUGAGUGUUCCACUGAGUGACUCGGGUUAGUUAUAGGAGACGACGACAGGCGCUCUCUUCCAGAAUCCACUUGUCUAGCAUGCUACUUAGAGUGAAGCCGUGCAUUCUACGCUGAAUGGAUUAUUAGAACGCAGACCUGAUGAUGAGUGGAUUGUGUGGUACGAGUGUGAGAAAAUGUGUACGUUGUAUGUAUGUAUGUACAGUAUGUAUGUAUGUAUGUAUGUAUGUAUAGUAUCUAUGUACAUUAUGUAUAGUAUGAAUGUACAGUAUGUAUGUGAGUGAGUAGGCUAGAGCUAGACAGAGAAUGGACUUGAUGGACCUGGGUUCAUAUACUAUUUGAAAUCAUUUCAAAUACUUGAGCUAUGCUUGAUGGAACCAACAGAAUAGUGCCAAAACAUGCAAACCCAACGUUUGGUAUUGGUGUCUUCAACCAGGCAGACUAAAGCAGACAAACGCUCAAGAAGAAACAUUUUAAAUAGUACCCAGGUUUGGUGAUGACAAGUUAUAAUAGCCUGCUGGUCUCGGAUCUGUAUUUGGGUAAUUUUCAUGAAACCAGUUUUAAAAUGUCUGUACCAAAUUGAGUUACAAAACCUGCAAAAAUCAACUAGCAUUCUGAGGAAUAAGAUGUCUAGUUUUUGGGAAGAUGUCCUAUUUGAAAUACAUUUUACAUUUUCACCCCAAAUUCUCAUUACAGAAAUGAAUCCGGAUUAAAUUCUCAGGUCUUUUGAUUUACAAAAAAAUAAUCUUUACAAAAACGUUAACUUAUUUAAAUAAAACACAAAAUAUGUUGCUGUAGUUUGGCCAAAAAUCAUAAUAAUGGUAUUCUAGUUGGAGUUUACAUUCAACUAUAAUAUGUAUUAAGUACAAACAGUGUCUGUGGACUUCUCAUUACUUUUUCAAGUUCCUUUAAAUAAAGUUGUAUUCACCCAUGAUGCAUCAUCUAGAGGAGUAGUCCUUAUAUGCCUUCAGAAUGAGGUUCUUAUUCUCAUCCCCUUUUACCCCACUGCCUUCUCAUUACCGAAACGGCUAAAGAGCUCAAAUUGGGGAAAAAGUCAGAUUUUGUAUUUUAUAAUAAUUGUAUAAUUUCAUUUUCAGUGUUAUGUUUAACUCAGGCCUCUUCAUUAGGGGAGAAAUGUAAAAAAAAAAUAUAUAUAUAUAUAUUGAUUUGUUUAUUACUUUUUGGGACUUUGAAAGCUGUUACGGUAAUGAUAAUUUUGUGAAACUGUUGGUUAAAAUGCAUAAUAUCUGAUCAAAAAAACAUUAUAAUAAUUAUGAAAUAGAUAAGUACAUAUCCUAAUUUCAGUGAUUCAAGAAGAUAUUUUGUGAAAAAUGACAGAGAAUUUUUGGGACAGUUUCGUGAGAAUGACCCAUUUGCUAUAGCCAACUCCUCUGACUACUGCUGUCAUGCCAUAGGAUUUAGUUAAAGCAUUAGACAGAUCUGGGACCAGAGAGAGGUGUGAGUAAGACAUUUGUAGUUGAGGACUUGGACUGCAUGGUAGAUGUGUUGACACCAGAGGCUCCUAGUUUAGGUGUGAAUGAUGAUGAUGCUGUGUCUUUCCCCUAGAUUUGUUUUCUCAAGGCGGGGCGCCAAAAUCAAGGCCUACCAAAUCAAUAUAAAGGGGGUGAUUCACUUUAAACACAACAAUAGUCAAUUGAAGCCCAAUUAUUUUAGGCCUGCCCUGCCUGGUAGGGGAAACACUUGAGUGAGAGAGUGGGGAAGGUUUUAAGGAUGUAAGGAAUGGAUUUAAGUAUUGUGAAUGAGUAACAGUGUUGUAGGUAGCAAUAUUGGGGGGGGGUUGUUAUUGUUGCACACUGGACCACCAUUGUAAAGAGACCAUUACCCUGCAUGAUGUUUUAACAUUGGUUUUACUUUGCACUGUCAGUGAAAGGGAGGGAUUGGAAGUGUGUGUGUGUGUGUGCGAAUGGAGAAUGAUUAUGUAUGUGUAUGAUGUAUGUGGGUGAGCUGUAUGCUUACACCCAAUAAGGAAAAAUUACAUUUUAUUUUAUUUUAUCUUACGAGUUAUCCUCCCCCUCGCUACCUACCUAUCAGUACAUGCCUGUGCUGUUCCGUCAGCAUCUGCCUGUUUGCAUCCCAAAUGGCUCUACUUCCUUUGUAGUGCACUACUUUUGACCAGGGCAUGCAUAGGGCUCUGGUUAAAAGUAGUACACUAUGUAGGGAAUAGGGUGCCAUUUCAGAUGUAGCCCUUUUCUCUUCUGCCACUCCUGAUUUUAGACUACUAGGAAUCCAUCACAUUGACAUCUUCUGGUAGUGUGACUGUGCGAGUGUCUGUGCCUGUGUGUGUGUCACCUGCCUCCUGCAACGCUUGUGAACUCGUGAAAAUGGGAGAGGGUUGAAUGUGGGCUUCAUCCAAAAUGGCACCCUAUUCCCUACAUAGGGCCCGUAUCCACAGAGUGUCUGAGUAGGAGUGCUGACGUGGAAUCAGUUUGAAUAAGAUUAUAUGGACAGAUCCUAAAUCAGCGCUCCUACUUUGAGAUGCUUUGUGGAUAUAGGGCCUGGUCAAAAGUAGUGCGUUAUAAAGGGAAUAGGUUGUUAUUUGGGACAGAACCCUGGAGGUAUUUUAUUCCACGAUGCUUGUCUUCGAUCUUCUCAAUGUAUUGACUUUAUUGUGCAGGGAUGGAUUCUAUGUGUUCAAUUGUUUUUCAUCCACAACUUUUUUGCUUGUACAUAAAAACUAAGAGAAAUCCCACGUUUUGUUUUUUUAAUUACAUGAAAAAAAAAAAACUUUGCUUGAGAAAAUGGGAAUAAAACCAAUUUUGAAAGAUA